UUGUCGACAUAAAGAUCACAAUUACCGACUUUCAACUCCAAAACCAAAAACGUUACCCUCAAUCAAUUCAAUUUGUUUUUAAAAAGGGAGAGUUGAAAAAGGAAAAUCAAUCAAGAGUGGGGUUUGUUUACUAAUAAAGAAGGAAGGAUCUUCAAGAAAGUCUCAGUUUUUGCUGUUUUGAGUUAAUUAUUUGGAUUUGUAUUGGUUUUUCGGAUCCCGGAGCAUCAGUUAACAGUUAUCUUGUACAGUUUCUGGCAGGAAGUUUGACUAGUGUGCUAGACGCUGAAGAUGGCCACAUUUGCGGAUAUAGGUGUUGCAGCCGGAAUAAACAUUCUCUUUGCAGUAGCUUUCCUUGUCGCAUUUGCUAUCCUGCGCCUCCAGCCAAUUAAUGAUAGGGUAUACUUUCCAAAAUGGUACCUCAAGGGUUUGAGAAGCAGCCCUAUGCAUUCAGGAUCAUUUGUAAGCAAAUUUGUCAAUUUGGACUGGAGAUCGUAUGUUAGGUUUUUGAAUUGGGUGCCAGAUGCACUAAGAAUGCCAGAGCCAGAGCUUAUUGAUCAUGCAGGGCUGGAUUCGGCUGUGUACUUGAGAAUUUAUUUGCUGGGACUUAAGAUAUUUAUUCCUAUAGCUUUACUUUCAUGGGCAAUCCUGGUGCCGGUCAACUGGACAAACAACACUUUAGCAAAAUCUGAAGCAACCGAUAAGCUACAGUUCAGUGACAUUGACAAGCUUUCCAUUUCAAAUGUUCCGUAUGGAUCACUAAGGUUUUGGACUCAUAUAGUGAUGGCCUAUGCGUUUACUUUCUGGACUUGCUAUACUUUGAUAAAGGAGUAUGCAACAACUGCAGCAAUGCGCUUACACUUUCUUGCUUCUGAAAGAUCUCGACCAGAUCAGUUCACGGUGCUUGUUAGAAAUGUGCCACCAGAUCCAGAUGAAUCAGUGAGUGAAUCUGUGGAGCAUUUUUUCCUGGUCAACCAUCCAGAUCACUAUCUUACCCAACAGGUUGUAAUCAAUGCCAAUAAACUUGCAAAACUGGUAAAGGAGAAGAAAAGUAAGCAGAAUUGGCUCGACUAUUACCAAUUAAAAUAUUCAAGAAAUCAAUCAAAAAGGCCCGUCACAAAGACUGGUUUUCUUGGCCUUUGGGGGGAAAAAGUGGAUGCAAUUGAUUAUCAGGCAGCAGAAAUUGAGAGAUUAUCAAAAGAAAUAGCUGAAGAGAGGGAGAGGUUAAAAUCUGAUCCUAAGUAUAUCAUGCCGGCAGCAUUUGUUUCCUUUAGAAGUAGGUGGGGUGCUGCUGUUUGUGCACAAACACAACAAACAAGAAAUCCAACUUUGUGGUUAACGGAGUGGGCUCCAGAGCCACGUGAUGUCUACUGGGAUAACCUUGCGAUUCCCUAUGUUUCACUGACUAUUAGGAGGCUUGUUGCUGCUGUUGCUUUCUUCUUCCUUACAUUCUUCUUCAUGAUCCCUGUCACUAUUGUGCAAUCUCUUGCAAAUAUCGAGGGUAUUGAGAGAAGGGCACCAUUUUUAAAGCCGAUAAUUGAAAUAUCCUUUAUCAAGUCUGUAAUUCAAGGUUUUCUACCUGGGAUUGCUUUGAAGAUUUUCCUCAUAGUGCUGCCGACGAUACUGAUGAUGAUGUCCAAAUUUGAGGGGUUCCUGUCCAUAUCAGCAUUGGAGAGGAGGUCUGCCUUAAGAUAUUAUAUCUUCAACUUUGUCAACGUCUUCCUUGUGAGCGUAAUAGCAGGAACUGCAUUCCAACAGCUUGAUAGUUUUCUUCAUCAGUCUGCAAAUGAAAUCCCUAAAACAAUUGGUGUUGCGAUCCCUAUGAAAGCAACUUUCUUCAUUACUUAUGUAAUGGUGGACGGAUGGGCUGGUGUUGCUGGGGAGAUCUUAAGAUUGAAACCCUUGAUAAUCUUCCAUCUAAAGAAUUUCUUUCUGGUGAAGACUGAAAAGGAUAGAGAAGAGGCAAUGGAUCCAGGAAGCAUUGGUUUCAAUACUGGUGAACCUCAAAUACAGUUAUAUUUCCUCCUAGGCCUUGUCUAUGCUGUGGUCACACCAGUUUUCCUCCCUUUUAUAUUGGUUUUCUUUGCCCUGGCAUAUGUCGUUUUCCGUCAUCAGAUCAUAAAUGUGUAUAACCAAGAAUAUGAAAGUGCUGCAGCAUUUUGGCCUGAUGUCCACGGACGCAUAAUCUCUGCACUGGUCUUCUCACAGCUUGUUCUAAUGGGAUUAAUGAGUACCAAAGGGGCUGCUCAGUCCACCCCGUUUCUUAUUGCGCUUCCAGUCUUGACCAUUUGGUUCCAUAGGUUCUGCAAAGGCCGUUAUGAACCUGCUUUUAUUAGAUAUCCUUUACAGGAAGCGAUGAUGAAAGAUACUCUUGAACGUGCAAGAGAACCGAACCUGAACCUGAAAAGCUAUCUCCGGUAUGCUUACAUCCACCCAGUUUUUAAAAAUGAUGAGGAUGGUGAACAUGAUGAUGAUAUCAGUGAAAAAUUAGACGAGACUGUGCUAGUACCUACCAAACGACAGUCGCGAAAGAAUACCCCUGCUCCCAGCAUGCUUAGUGGUGCAUCCUCGCCAUCACUUCCAGAUGUUGCUGAAAAUCCCCAGGGUCUUAAACCAUGAGAGAUUUCCCUGUUUACACAUGAUUUUUGCCUUGGCACUGCCAGAGCUGGGGUUAGCAAUGCUGUAAAUUGAGCAAUAGAAAGUAGCUAAAAUUUUUCAUUUUGUGGAAUUUUUUGCUCUGUUUUUAUGUAUGGUUCAGUUAUAUGUACAGGAGAAAAUAGUGUAGUGAUUUUCCUUCAUUAUAUGGGAAUUUUUUGGCAACUAUUAAUUUCACAAGUAAAAUGCAGAUAUAUGCACUUUUAUUA